AUGACCGGCCGCGGUGGUGGCGGAGGCCGUAAGGUUCUCCUUCCUCCUAUCAAUAUGAUUUUCAAGCUCCUCCAGACGCACGCGAGAGUUAGUGUAUGGCUCUAUGAGCAGCUGUCCAUCCGAAUCGAGGGAACCAUCAGAGGGUUUGAUGAAUUCAUGAACCUUGUCAUCGAUGAUGCAGUCGAAGUCAAGCAGGUUACAAAAGACAACCCGGUAGAAUCGAGGAAGGAACUUGGGCAAAUCUUACUAAAGGGAGACAACGUCUCCUUGAUCCAAAAUCUUCAGCAGGAUUAUUAG